CUGGACAACUGGACAGACCACAUCUUCGCCUUGUGUGGGACUUCCCAGCUCCCUGGAGUAGCCAGCAUGUCUUUGGUCCUGCUCUCUGUCCUCUGGCUCGUCAUUCAGACUCAAGCAAUAGCCGUAACACAACCACCUGAAUUGGAGCCCUAUGAAGUAGUUCGUCCUACAAAACUACAUAUACACACAAAGGAGACACAGAACAAUGAGGCGGAGAAGCAUGGCAGAGAGGAAAGAUAUGAGCCUGAACUUCGGUAUCAGAUUACAUUAAAUGGAGAAGAAGUCAUUCUUUACCUACAAAAAGCCAAGCAUCUCCUGGGGCCAGACUACACUGAAACAUUUUACUCACCUGGAGGAGAGGAGAUCACCACCAGCCCUCAGAACAUGGAACACUGCUACUAUAAAGGACACAUCCUAAAUGAAAAGGACUCCAUUGCCAGCAUUAAUACUUGUGAUGGGUUGAGGGGAUACUUCACACAUCACAAUAAAAAAUACACGAUAAAACCUCUGAAAGGCACUGACCAAGCAGAACAUGCCGUCCUCGUGAAUGAGCAGGAGGAGCUAGACCCAGCUGAUCACACCUGUGGUGUAAGAAAUGUUGGCAGGAAACCGGGCCUGAUUCGAACCUCUAGGUCACCCCGAAGUCCGGAGAAAGAAGAAUUUCUGCAGGCUGAGAAAUACCUUGAUCUCUUUUUGGUGUUGGAUAAUGCCUUUUAUAACAUGUACAAUAGGAAUAUAACUUUGAUAAGAAGCUUUCUGUUUGAUGUGAUGAACCUACUCAAUGUGAUUUAUAAAACCAUAGACAUUCAAGUGACCCUGGUAAGGAUGGAGAUCUGGUCUGACAGUGAUAAGAUAAAGGUGGUACCCGUCAUGGGUACCACCUUUAACAACUUCCUGAAUUGGCAUCGUUCUAACCUGGGGAAAAUGGAGACCCACGACCAUGCUCAGCUACUCAGUGGAAUUGGCUUCAACCAUCGAAUUUCGGGAAUGGCAGCCUCGAACUCCUUGUGUUCCCCAUCAUCGGUUGCUGUUAUUGAGGCGAAGGGAAAGAACAAUGUGGCUCUUGUUGCAGUGAUGUCACACGAGUUGGGUCAUGUCCUUGGUAUGCCUGAUGUUCCAUAUGACACCAAGUGUUCCUCUGGGAGUUGUGUGAUGAAUCAGUAUCUGAGUUCAAAAUUCCCAAAGGAUUUCAGUACAACCAGCCGCUCACAUUUUAAAAAAUACAUGUUCUCUAAAAAACCAAGGUGCCUGCUGCAAGCACAGGUUCCUAAAAAUAUGAUAAUAAAACCAGAGUGUGGGAACCGAGUCCUGGAAGCAGGAGAAGGCUGUGACUGUGGCUCUCCUAAGGAAUGUACCAGUCCUUGCUGUGAGGCCACAACCUGUAUGUCAAAACCUGAAGCCGAUUGUGGAAAUCACACCGAACCAUAACACCCAAUAGGUAAAUAGGUGUGCUUGGAGAAGCUGCCUGUCUUCUAAGCCUGAUCGUUCGUGUAUCUUUAAGGAUCAUAAAGCUGGUGUUCAGCUCUGCUCCUUGGAGAACAAAAGAAAUUAGACUUUGACCGAAACAGUUCAAAAUAAGACCCUUGGAUGAGCAAAGUCUUCGGUGGAAGAAAGGAGAUCCGAGUUCGUGUGUCAUUUAUGGCUCCUCAGUGUUCCGCACACCUGACUCUCAGACAUGUAGUGUUGUUCUUUAUCACUUCAGGAUCAAUUAAAUGCUUUUUAUUUUAUCAUGUAUAAUCCUUUCACCAUCCCGUUUAAUGUCAAUUUUGAGAAGUCUGUACUGUGUACAUUU